AUGACGUCAUAUUCCUCGAGCACCAGGCAUAGCUGGCUUCAAUAUAGGCUCAUAGAAGGCGUCGAAGAUCUCGGCAGAUAUUGCCCAGGGGGCUACUAUCCCUUGCAGAUUGGGAAUCAGUUACAUGAUGGUCGCUACCAGGUGGUAGACAAGCUUGGAUUUAGAGAAUACUCGACAAUAUGGCUAGCCCGUGAUCUGCAGAAGGCGAAAUAUGUGGCUGUCAAAGUCAUCACCGCCGAGGGUAGUAGCUCAACUCGACCACCUGCACCCGGCAGAGAGAUCAUCCCACCUCUUCUGGAUGACUUCUGGGUUCUCGGUCCCAAUGGGAAGCACAAGUGUAUCGUCACUCUGGCCGCGCGGAUGAGCUUAUUCGACACCAAGGAAGCUUCCACUUUUGGGCUCCUCCAGCCUAGGGUGGCGCAGUCGAUAAUCGCUCAGCUCCUCCGUGGUGUCGCCUUCCUUCACAACCUUCACCUUGGUAACAUCUUAGUCGACUUCCCCGAAGCAAUAGACCAUCUCUCCACGUCCGAGCUGUACGAGAGAUACGGAGAGCCAGAGCCAGAGGACGUUGCUCGUGUCGACGGCAAGCCCUUACAACAUGGCGUCCCUGCUAGGGGUUUCCUUCGCUGUUGGUUGGGCGUUCGCAGUAAUGAGCUUGUUCUUGGCGAGGAUAGAGUUACCCUUAGCGACUUUGGAUUUUCGUCAAAGACUCUUCCCUUUCUCCAGAUACCAGAGGCAAAAUUCUCUGAUGCCCCGCUCUCCUUCGCCUCGGACAUCUGGACGCUUGCUUGUACCAUCUGGGAGAUUGCCGGGCAGCGCCCGUUGUUCGACUCCUUCUGGCCGACUGCAGACCGUGUUACAGCGGAGCAGGUCGAAGCUCUUGGCAUCUUGCCUCCUGACUGGUGGGAGAAGUGGGCCGAAAGAUCGAAAUGGUUUGAGGGCGAGAGCGCGUCUGAGUUGAAGCCAGCCCAGUCGAGGGGAUACGGUACUGUGCUCCGAACCUGGAAUCAAAGGUUUGAAUACUCAAUACAGAAGCCACGGGCUGAGGCGGGUCUGGAAAUCAUGUCGGAACAAGAAAGAAUCGCGUUCAAGGCAAUGCUUCGGUCAAUGCUGAUCUUCCGGCCGGAAGAGAGAGCGACAGCCCAAGAGGCCCUGUGCUCGGACUGGAUGAAAGGCUGGGGACAACCGGCUUUGGAACAGAGCUGGAAUGCAUCUAAGUCUUCGACCAAAGAAGCACAAGAGGUGUGA